GAAAAGAAAAAAAAAGGUUGGUUUAGGGCGGGAGCAUCUUUCGCUCACGCGCCACGUCCUUUUCUCCUGAGCCUUUUGUGUUUCAAACUCUCAUAUCUCACGUAUCAAUAAUUCAGGUGCGCGCGAGAGAGCACCCGCGCGCUAUGAGUUCUGCUGCUGCCUCCUCACUCGUCCAGGGCCCCUCAGCACGGCGCGCGACUCACGCUCAUCGUGUUUCCAAGUGACAGAAAAGCUGCUGAGAAGUGAAAAAAAGAGGAGAAGAACGGGUGAAAACUGGAGAGCUGACUGGAGGUACAGGUGUAAAAGACACAUUUCUGAAAAGAGAAAAGAAGAGACACCUUGAAAAAGCCCAAACCGUCUGGUUUCUGCUCACAGAGCGCGCGAAGCGAAGCGGGGUCCAGCUGUGAAGCGACCGGUUUCAGGUUUAUUGGGGAAAGCCGGGACACUUCUUACUUUUCCUUAAAAGGAAGCGACGCUCAGUCUGAAGUGUGAAGACGACCGAAGAAGUUCGCCUCUCCGUUUUGGGCAUGUUGGCGUUUUGCCUCCUAAGUGCCGCGUGGCUCGCGGCGAGCCCGGUCCGCGCUCAAAACGAGACCGAACCCAUCGUCUUGGAGGGGAAGUGCCUGGUAGUGUGCGACUCCAACCCCACCGCCGACCCCACGGGCACGGCGCUCGGGAUCUCGGUGCGCUCCGGCAGCGCAAAAGUGGCGUUUUCCGCAGUCCGGAACACCAACCACGAGCCCUCCGAGAUGAGCAACCGGACUAUGGUCAUCUACUUCGAUCGGGUUCUAGUAAACGUUGGGAGGAAUUUUGACGAGGAGAGGAGUAAUUUCAUUGCGCCACGUAAAGGGAUUUACAGUUUUAACUUCCAUGUAGUCAAAGUCUACAACCGUCAAACCAUACAGGUGAGCCUGAUGCACAACGGUUGGCCGGUGAUCUCGGCAUUCGCUGGCGACCAGGAUGUGACGCGUGAGGCUGCCAGCAAUGGUGUUCUGAUCCAGAUGGAGAAGGGGGACCGGGCCUACCUCAAACUGGAGAGAGGAAACCUAAUGGGAGGAUGGAAAUACUCCACCUUCUCUGGCUUCCUGGUGUUCCCAAUGUAGAGCGGAGGAGGGGGAGGAGGAACAGGGGGCGGCUGGUGGAAGACGGAAAGUAUGAUGAAGAUAAGGAAAAGCCAGAAAAGUGGGGGGUGAAGAGGGAAAGGACAAAAACAAGAUGGUGGAGAAGGAAAUGAAGACUGGGAUGUGACAUCAGACUUCUGUUUGGGACUUUGCAGAGGGAGGAGGGAUGAGGAAGGAUGGAAGAUGAUGAGAUUAUAGGAGGGUAAAAUAAGUGAGCAGUUACGGAGCCAGUACAUUAGAGAGUACGGCCAGCUUCUUCACUUCCCUUCCCCCUUUCAUCCAUCCUUUUCCUCCCUCAGUUUUUCUCUGUGGCUUGACUGCAGCUUUGGACAGCCAAAACUUUUUUAUUCUUUGCUGAAAGACGCAACUGAUCAUUUGUAUGUGUUUUCAAGCCUGAGUAUAAAUAUCCCUCCUUCCCUCCUCACUCAUUCAUCCACUCAUCAAUCACCAUCAACAUCAGCUUUGAAGAAUGUUUCUUAAGCAACUGCUCCCCACUUUUCCCAUUUUCUGUUCCAUAUUUUUAGUCUUUUUGUCUUAUACGUGAAAUAAAUUGCACUGAUUUUGGAUCAGAUUCAACCCUUAAGCCAAACUAGAAUUUUUUAUAGGGAAAAUAUUAAACUCUGAUCUCAAAAUCAGGGGCUAAGGGCACGUUUGCCUUCCCUGUAAAGCUGUAUUUCAUGUUGAUCAUUACAGUUAUUAGCUUUAUGUUGUGUUCCUGAAAUGUUUCUUCUGCUGUCUAUUAACCAGUCCACCCAUCACAAGUUUUAACUUUUUAAUUAUUUCUAGAUAUUUAUGGCAUGUGUUAAAAGUCUGAUAAAGAUCAAUACUCUGCUUAAAUUCUAGAAAGGAAAGAUGCAGAACUUAAAGGACAAGAUGUGAUGCUUACUUAAGAAAAUGCAUAACCUUUUCCAUUUAGCUUAUUUUAGAGUCUGAAUCUUUAAAAUGAUAUCUAAUUUUCUUUAGUUUCCACCAAAUGUCAGGAUUUGUGUAUGGCACAAGCAUGUAGCAGUUUGUCUUUAGUUAAAAACGACAAUACAAUGCAGAAAUUAGGACAUAGAUUAUGAAAUGUUUGUUUUUUAACUUGUAUUUAAAAACCAAAAGAUGUUAACAUUCCCAAGAGGUUACUAGCAAAGAGCUUUUUAGGUGUUUGUGUUCCCUGUAAGAAAAGAAGUUUGAGAAGCUGAUUCUUGCUCACUUUGCUCUGAUUGGACAGCUCCUCUGGCCUGAAUAGAAAACAACCACAUGGGUUCUGCUGAAAUUCCAAAUUUAAGAAAGGCUUAACUGGAUUAAAAGAAAGUACACACUCCGAGUGCAAGAUGUGACUGUGCAAACAGCUGCAAAAUUAGAUUUUUGUCACUAUGAACCAGAUACGGUCGUAUAGUGAAUGUGAAGGUAUGCUUUCCAUUGUUGUAUGCACGGAGGGGAGCCUAAUCUUGUC